GCAAAAUCUCCGCGGUGCGCCAAGCAUCCGACGACCUCUGCAAUGCAGAGAAACCCAAGACAUUCUUUGUACUACAGUUCCUAGCAAUCCUGGGAAGCAUGAAUUUGCCCUGUUAAAUGCGCGCGCAAUCAAUCGAUCUGUGUAGAUCGCUUCAUAUGGAAAAUUGCGCCCCCACCAAUACUCAUUAACAGUACAUUCAACGCGCAUGACCAAGCCCUUUUGUGACCUACAAAGUGAUCUUGGCUUGUAUGCAUAUCUGAAUCAAUCGAGGCCUCUAAAAAGCUAAAGUUUAUCAAAAAGACUACUUUUUAUUUACAAUAAGGGGAAAGGGAAAAAACGACAUAAGUGUCUAAACACUAACGCAAAAAAACCAAACUAAGCUCAUUUGAGGAAAAGAGUGACCGAAUAUGAAUAGCAAAUGACAAUAACUGUAAUACAUAAAAUCUAAAAAUAUAUAGCUUACAGUAGAGACUGAUGCUACGAAUACACCUGUACGGUCACUCACCGACCUACCUGCUGCAGACGCUGGCGCGCAGCGGCGGUCUAUUACAAGUGAGCAGCCAAUGACAUUGCAGCGGGGCGGGGCCACGGCAGUACUACAGUACUGCGGGCUCCCGCGGUACAUCUGUAUGAAACACACGCUGGAAGUCAAGGCGGUCAAUGGAUUACACAGUGUCCCUUCAAGUGCAUCAUCAGCUGACGGUAUUCCCCAACAGCUUGUACCACGGCUACAGUUUGGAGUUACAGAUGAAGUCCACUGGGGGCGAGGAAGGCCUCUUUACGGACAGCUACUGCAAGGUGUGCAGUGCCCAGCUCAUCUCCCAGUCCCAGCGGGUGGCCCACUAUGAGAGCCGGAAGCAUGCCAACAAAGUCCGACUGUACCACAUGCUGCACCCUGCAGAUGGGGGCUGCCCCGCCAAGAAGCUACGGACAGACAAUGGCGGCGCUGAUGGCGACGUGGACAGGAACAAGUGCUGCACUCUGUGUAACAUGUCCUUCACCUCCGCUGUGGUGGCACAGUCUCACUACCAGGGCAAGAUCCACGCUAAGAGGCUGAGGCUGCAUCUGGGGGCCCAGGCGUCCCUCAGCGAAACUGCGGCAGGCCUAAAGCGCUGCCACAGUUGCGAGCUCUGCAGUGUGACCCUGAACUCGGCAGCUCAGUACCAUGCCCACCUCCAGGGCUCCAAGCACCAGAACAACUUAAAGAACCAGAGAGUCCAGUGAGCCCGGAAGACAGAAUUGUUGUCAGAUAAGCUGCAGUUCUCUCCCUUUCUUUCUUUCUUUCUUUCUUUCUUUCUUUCUUUCUUUCUUUCUUUCUUUCUCUCCCUCUCUUUCUUUUUCUCUUUCCCUCCCUCUUUCUCCUUCUCUUACUAUCUCUCUCUCUCUCUCUCUCUCUCUCUCUCUCUCUCCUCCCAUCUCUACAUUUUCCCCAUUCAGCCCCAUCUUGGCCUUUGAUGCUCCUCCUCCCCUCAUCGCCUCGGGCUGAACUAGCAGCCAUCAUCCAUGUGUCAAUAUCAGCUGUCCAGGUUGCUUCGAGUCGCCGUGUGUUUAACAUGAAUAUAGAUUUUCCCUCUCACUCCCCAGGGCUUGUAAUCUGUUUCUGGAGGGGAGGGCAAUAUGUAGUGGGGUAAGACAUCAAUAAUUCAGUGCAGCUAGCAUUAUAUAUUUAAGUUGUUUUAUAUCAUACUUUGUCUGGAUUGAUUUUAGCCUUUAUAGUUCCAGUUUGUUGUUUGGAAGGCAGAGAUUAGGUGUGUGAGGCUGGUAUUCAGGAGGGCGUGUAAGGAACAUUGUGUAAUACAAUUCCGGUGGGGGAGGCUGGUGAUAAAAGUUAGAAAUUGAGUAGCACAAAUUGUUUUUUUGUUAUCAUUUUCUAAAAAAAGAAUUUAUCAGCUUCCAGGACUUCACAAAACUGUCCAGUUUCUUCAGUUUGUCUUGCAGCUUUGGCAUUAAAACGCUAGGAUCUGAAACAGGAUUGCGAUUAGGCGGAAAUGGGGCAAAAGGAGAAUGUUUGUGCGGCACCACAGGGUGCAUCUUCAGCCGGCCUGUUUCACGGGCCAUCUCACGCGGGGUCUCUGGGAGGUGCUCAUUACACCACCUUAAACUGGAUCACUCCCGAUUUCCAAAAUGGCUUCUAAAAACUCGUUUUCACUCUUAUUCGCAGGGAACAUCAACUGAAAUUAGAAAUUAAUUUAGAAACUAAUUUCCUAACUUUCUAAUUUACUGAGCAAAGUUAAUCACGCUUUUUCAUCCUGUUUUUUUCACUAAUAUACCCGCCAGAAUCUGCACUGGUGCCCCGUAGCACUUUGGCACUGUUUUCUCAUUUCUGGGUGUCAGUAAUUAUUUAUUUGGGGAGGUUAAGUGAGACACUGUUAAACUGUAAAAAGGUUCAUGUACUUGUGAAAAAUAUAAUGUAAUUAUCUGUUUAUUGAUGUGUGCAUGUCUAUUCUUGAGGGAAUGUGUGGGGAUUAAUCAGAGACUCACAAACUAGAAUGCUUUGAGCUCAGAGCUACAUCAAGCUUCUAGUAUCUGAGAUCUGUCAUAAAGGGAAAACGGAACCUGACGAGAUCCAUCCCAUAAUCCCUGCACUGUCCCCCACAUCAUCUUAAUUUGUCUCCUUGGUUAUGUUUGCUGUAUUGUUGCUUAAAGGAUCCUUUAUAAAUAAACUCUUUCUUUCCUCUAA